AGAGAGAGUCGACGAAUGGGAGAUCUCAGCUGUGUGGUGGACUGUUAAUACACCCAAUGGCCUGAGUGGUAGUAACAGUGUGUCCGUGGUGCGGCUGUGAACACACUGGAUGGGACGGGACACCUCUGUGUGGGGGACGCAGACGACAGCGGCUGGUACCAUCGCGAACAAAUCCCGGAGGGACAAAUACGUACUCUGGAGAAAUCUCUAAGGCUCUACGACCCCUCCUCCCGCUCUGCCGAGAUUUAACAGAAUGAAAUAACCAAGCCGAGUUUGAACACGUCGCGUUUGAGGUAACCACAGGAUCUGAACGCUGGGAGAUAUCCACACACACGGAGGGGGAGAGAUUGAGAGAGAGAGAGAGAGAGGGCCAUGCACACACUCUCAGCCGCUUUGUAACCACCAUCGUCGCUGCUGUGUGUGUGUUUUCGGUGUCUCCUCCUCUUCCUCUGAGCAUGGACUGACCAUCAUCUCUCUCUGGAUGAUUUGAUGGGGCUGCUCAGAGUCAUGAUGCCGCCCAAGUUGCAGCUUCUGGCGCUGCUGGCGUUCGCAGUGGCCAUGUUCUUCCUGGAGAACCAGAUCCAGAAGCUGGAGGAGUCCCGGGGAAAGCUCGAACGAGCCAUCGCCAGACACGAGGUACGAGAGAUCGAGCAGAGGCACACGCAAGACAGCCUGCGGGAGCGGGACUCAGCCGCAGCGCUGUCCGACAGCGAGGAUGACGUGGUCAUCAUCUACAACCGGGUGCCCAAGACAGCCAGCACUUCCUUCACCAACAUCGCCUACGACCUGUGCGGGAAGAACCACUACCACGUCCUGCACAUCAACACCACCAAGAACAACCCGGUCAUGUCCCUCCAGGACCAGGUGCGGUUUGUAAAGAAUGUGACUGAAUGGAGGGAAAUGAAGCCGGCUUUCUACCACGGACACGUCUCCUUCCUGGAUUUCACCAAGUUCGGGGUGAAGAAGAAGCCCAUCUACAUAAAUGUGAUUAGGGACCCAAUUGAAAGGCUGGUGUCCUAUUAUUACUUUUUACGUUUCGGGGACGACUACAGGCCCGGCUUGAGACGCAGAAAACAAGGAGACAAGAAGACGUUCGAUGAAUGUGUAUCAGCUGGUGGCUCGGACUGCGCUCCCGAGAAGCUCUGGCUCCAGAUUCCCUUUUUCUGUGGUCACUACUCCGAAUGCUGGAACGUGGGCAGUCAGUGGGCUCUGGAGCAGGCAAAGUACAACCUGGUGAAUGAGUACAUGUUGGUCGGCGUAACAGAAGAGCUGGAAGAUUUUGUCAUGAUGCUGGAGGCCGCGCUGCCACGCUUCUUCAAAGGAGCCACUGAGCUGUACAAAACAGGUAAAAAGUCCCACCUAAGGAAGACCAGCGAGAAGAAGCCACCCACAAAGGAGUCGAUUGCCAAGCUGCAGCAGUCCACCAUCUGGAAGAUGGAGAACGACUUCUAUGAAUUUGCCCUGGAGCAGUUCCAGUUCGUCAGGGCGCAUGCUGUCCGGGAAAAGGACGGGGAACUCUACCUGCUGGCCCAAAAUUUCUUCUAUGAAAAAAUCUACCCCAAAAACUAGAGAAGAGAGCGGAGUGCUUUGGAGGAGGACGGAACACUUCGUCCAUGCUCAGUCAUGCGCUCUUGAGACAAACAGAAGUGGGAGUGAGGUGAGACUUGAGGACUACCGCUGACCGUGUGCCUCGUUUGAGAGCAUGAUGCGGAGCUGGAGAAGCAAUCCGGCUGUGACGCAGCGACCGGACUGGCAGCAGUUGCUACUCGCGGCUGUGCCGGCCAGCUGGACGAGGAGCUCGCGUUUCAAUCGGCAGGUUGCUAUCGCUACCGGCAGCUGCUCCACUCCCUUUCACUUCAACGCCGAAGGUCGUCCAUGCCGAGGGCCUCUCCCGGCUCGCGUCUUAAAGGCGACCGGCCGACAGCUGAUCAUCCCUCCACUCCUGAUUGGAUUCACUGUUCUUCUAUCCAGAAGAUUCUCAUUGGCUCUGUACUGUUUGGUUGUGUUUGGUUGUAUUUUAUCUCUUUAUUACGUUUUUGGUUUGUACGUAAAGACGUUUGACGGUGAAACGACAUGCCUCACGCCUCAUCACCUCUACUAACUUAAAGAGACGGUACUGUAAGAAACGUUGCUGUGUUGCUGGACUUGAAUGGAGCCUUUUGAGGUUUUUAUGAGUAAAAGUCCUGUGAACGCGGACUGUUUCCCGGGGCACGCGUGUAUGUUUUAUACUAUACUAAGUGUGUGACUCUUGUAAAUGUGCAGCUUUUCCUUUGGAGGGUAACAGAGGAAACGUUUACACCUUAUUUUAUUGAAGUGAGGUGAACUUGCUGCUUCUGUAAAUAUUUACAACUUUUUAAAUCCAUUGCAUUUCCUGGCAGAUAGGUUACAGAAGUCUGGACGUGUUGUUGGUUUUAUUUUUGUCACGUAGAAGCAUUUAAACACGGGAGGCUGCUAAAAUCCGUUUGGGGAAAUGUGCUUUUCCUUGUUUUCAAUGCGACUUUUGUACCAGUAAAUUUAAGACUUUUAGCAACUAAAGCAUGAAGAGUGGACAUGAGGAAGUUCCCCUGCUGUAUUGGGUGUCCCCUAACUCCACUAUGAGCCAAACGUUUCCAUUUUUUUUUCUUUUUUUUACAAGUGGCGAAAUUAUGCAUUAAUUCAGGAGCUUCAGAAGAGCAUUCCCAGUCAAAGCCAGACUGUUUCUCAUUGAUUUUUAUGCCAAGCUAACCUAACCAGCUGCAGCAUUACAGUAUGUUUAAAAGGCUGAUAAGAGAUCAGUCUUCAUUCAUUUACUUGAUAAAUUGGCUUUAUUUGGGCUCUGAUGGGGUUUAUUUUUUUAAUCGUGUAAGGGAAACGAUGAAAAUUACAAGUAUUUUAAAAAGUAUACUUUGUUAUGAUGGGAAAGAGCCCCAGCUUCUUCCUGGAUGUGCUGUCACUGUCUGUAUUUGUAUAUCCAGGUGAAUGGAUGCUCCCUUGCCAUCUGAGGACAUACUGUAGUUAACCACUCUGUCUUGUGUGCCUUCUCUAGAGUUCGCCUUGUUUUGCAGGUUUUUCUGAUUGAACAUAAAGACAACACGGCUGCCAUGUCUGUUUUCAUCUUUUGAUUGACAAACAAUAUAAAGAAGACUUUAAAAAAACUACCUGAGGUUCAUGACUGGUUUUUAGUUGUGUUUUUUUUCUUUUCCAAAUGUUUUUGCAUCAUCAUCAUCACUGUGUACAGCAAAGCAAGGAUUUUGCGAGGUGACACACAUAAACGGAAAAGUCGAGCUGGCUUACUUCAGGUGUCCUGCAGGGGGCGAUAAAGAGCCUCCAGGUUCACUCCUGCCUCUGAGUGUGUGUUUAUCAUUUUCACAUGACUCUUCCAAACAGUGUUUGAUGAUUGCAGUGACAUGUGGUUGUGUGCCAACCUCUUUAUAUUCCCAGCACGUGUUCAGCACCUCCUCUUCUCGUAGUUCCUGCAGCUGAGCUUCAUAAACGGAGGGCACUGAAACAGGAGCCACCACAGGCCAGGGAAAGUUUAUGUGAGCCAGUGCUGCCACUCAGCGUUAUUCACCCAUGCUCUCAGAUAAUCCCUGGACAGGCAUCAGCUACUGGACUCAUCCCCGGUAAUCUCAAAUCAUUCUCCAGUUACAGCUUCCUGGUCUUGGCCCUCUGACCUAGAUUAACAUGGACAAUGCCCCCCCUCAUACUCUGAAGCCUCAGUUACACGCUGCCUUUUAAUAUUAGACCAGGGACUGCCUUUUUUUUACGACAGUCUGCUACUGAAAGCUCCAUGUACACAACCUAAAAUAAACCUUUAAUACACACCCAUACAUGCACAACAUUUAACAUAUAGUCAUGUAGCGUUGUGGUUUUCAGUGUCAGAUGUGAGGUUCCCUGUUGAUUGGAUGACAUAUAACAAAUGUAUAAAACCACUACAGAUACCAGAUUUUCUACUGAUUCUUUUUUCUUUAUUUUAUUGUUUACCGGUAAUUAAGUGAGCCGGGGGAUUCUUUCAGUUUAGCAAAGCUGGUCAAGAAUUUAAAAUGAGCCAAGCUGUCACAUCCUGGGGUUUUCAUUCAGUCACUAGGGUAAUUUUUCCAUGCGCUAACUCUGUUGUCAUGUCAGUCACUACCACUCCCACAUGCCUGUCCUUUCUUGUCAGUAGUGUCACCUGAUCUGCCUCUCCUCUCCACUCACCUGCUCCUAUUCAGCCAACCGAUACCGCGGUAGGUGUUCAUCCAGCUCCCCACCACUGAUCAGUCAGACUGUCUUUGAGCUCGGUGCCUUAGCUUUCCAAUAUUCUGUGUCAGUGCCUGCUUUUUAAUAUCAUUACCUGUAGUUUUAGAAUUUGCUACAUCUCGUGCUUUGUUUGUCAGUAGAGUUAAUUAGCUUUUUAUUUAUUUAGUUGUUUUUUUUAAACCAGGAGCCAUUUUACUGGAUGUUCAUUUCCCCACUGUAAAACCCGUGCUAUGUAACGUCAUUCAAUAUGUUUUGCUUAGUGUUGCAUCACUGGAGGUUUGACUAAGAAUAAUGCAUGAGCAGAGUUUCACACGCAGGCUGUGGAUAUCGACCUGAGAAACAUGGAAAAGGAAAAUAAACAAGCUA